AUUGGAGACUGCGCCAUCUGGAUCAUUGAUAAUAAUCAACGAGCUGAAUCUUCAUAUCAAUUAGGUGAUUUUCCAGAGGCUGAUGCAGAGCCAGAGAAUUAUCAACGAUGACACAGUUCCUGGGUAAAGUUGUUCUAAUAACUGGUGCAAGUUCUGGCAUCGGAGCAGCGACAGCAAUUCAUCUGUCAUCUCUGGGGGCAUCAUUAUCACUAACCGGUAGGAAUGUUGAGAAUCUUGCGAAAGUUGCUGACGAAUGCAACAAGGAGAGAAAGCCAUUGCUUAUCCGUGGAGAGUUGACCAACGAGGAGGACACCAAGAAGAUCCUGGAGUCGACGAUCAAUCAUUAUGGGAAGCUCGACAUCUUAAUAAAUAAUGCUGGGACGAUUGAACGUGGAAGCAUCGAAAAUACGAGUCUAGAGCAGUACGACAGAGUCUUCAAUUUGAAUGUACGAUCAAUGUACCAUUUAACGAUGCUAGCAAUUCCGCAUUUGAUAAAAACAAAAGGAAAUAUUGUCAAUGUAUCGAGUGUCAACGGUUUGCGAUCAUUCCCAGGUGUUUUGGCGUAUUGCAUGAGUAAAUCAGCUGUUGAUCAAUUCACCCGGUGUGUGGCCAUUGAAUUAGCUGACAAACAGGUGAGAGUGAAUGCUGUUAAUCCUGGUGUGGUAAUUACAAACCUUCACGAGAGAAGUGGAAUGAGCCCGGAGGAGCUGCAGGCCUUCUUUGAACGCAGCAAAACCACUCAUGCACUGGGAAGACCUGGCAAGCCUGAUGAAGUUGCUAGAACUAUUGCAUUUUUGGCAAGCGAUGAUGCUAGCUUCAUAACUGGAGCUACAUUACCUGUCGAUGGAGGCAGGCAUGCACUCUGUCCGAGAUAAUUCCGGGGAUUUUAUUCAAUGACUCAUCGCACUAUUUUUGUACUGAGAAUAAAUAAAAGCCUACGUGCAAUAUGCAUUAA